CUGAAUUCCUGCAGUAAGCCAGUGUUUACAAAUUAGCGAAUUCGAAAUACAGUGUUGGCUACUCGAGGUGCAUAACCUCAAAUAUUUCUUCGGUUUAAAAGUCCAUAGUGAAUACGUUUAUAAUAAUUAAGCGAAUGAUGGAAAGCAGAGAGGAUGCAGUUAGAAUUAAGGAAGAACCGAACGAUACUUCGCCAGAUCCAGGGGACGAUAAUAUUUUUGAUUCGGUAGCCUCUUGCGAAACCAAAUGCUCUGAUUCAUACACAGUUUGUGAAACAUCGACUAAUCGUAUAAGUCAGGGUGUGGCGUUGCAGGAUAAAUUUGAAGAAAAAAUAUUCGUAAAUUUUGAGUGCAAAAAUGUUAAAACUGAACUCGAAUCGCCAUCCACAAGUACUUGCAAAACUGAGUAUCAAAGUUAUCCACUAUUUAUGAAAAUAGAAAAGGAAAAUCAGUCUAAUGAAAUAAUUGAGAAUAUACUCAUUGAUUUCGAAUGCCAAGAUCUUAAACCUACUCCGACGUCUCUAUCAACAACCAUCUGCAAAACUGAGUAUCAACGUUAUCCACCAGUUAAUCAAAUGCAAAACGAAAUUCAGACAAAUUACUUCAAUGAAACAAAUCGAAUAAUUUCAAUAAAAAAAGAUUUUGAUGCUCAUAAUAUUUGCCAUUUUCAAGAAAAGCCCCGAUUGAAGCAAGACAAAUCCAAGAAAGUGGAAGUAAUUGAUAAAAAAACUGUAUACAAAGGAAAAGCGAGUAUGAAAAUACAUAUCGAUACGAAACAUGAGAGUAUUACACCACAUGAAUGUGAAAUUUGUCACAAAUCAUUUGAAUGCCAGCGAAGAUUCAAAAAGCACAAAAAAGUAGUACAUGAUUGUAGCAAGCCCUUUGUAUGUGCGAUUUGUCAUAAAUCAUUUAAAUUCCAGUGUAAACUUAAAACGCAUAUGUACGUACAUGUCGGUCAUAACAAACCCUUUGAGUGCGACAUUUGUCACAAAUCAUUUGGAGACAAAGGUUGCCUCAAACGUCACAUAAGAACAGUACAUAAUCUUAGCAAACCAUUUGAAUGUGAGGUUUGUCACAAAUCGUUUGUAUAUAAAUGUGCCCUCAAAUCUCACGUAAAUGAAGUACAUGAUCGUAGCAAACCCUUUGAAUGUCAUAUUUGUCUGAAAUCAUUUGGACAAAAAAGUACCCUUAAAACUCACAUAAACACAGUACAUAAUCAGAGCAAACCGUUUGAGUGUGACAUUUGUCACAAAUCAUUUGGAGAAAAGGGUAAACUCAAUAGGCACAUAAAUACUGUUCAUAAUCAGAGUAAACCUUUCGAGUGUGAAAUUUGUCACAAAUCGUUUGGACAAAAAGUCAACCUUAAACGUCACUUAAAUGCAGUACAUGAUCGUAGUGAUAAUCAGAGCAAACCCUUUGAGUGUGACAUUUGUCACAAAUCAUUUGGAGAAAAGGGUAAACUCAAUAGGCACAUAAGUAUAGUACAUGAUAAGAAAAAACCUUUCGAGUGUGACAUUUGUCACAAAUCAUUUGGAUUAAAAUGUAACCUCAGUAAACACAUAAAUGCAAUACAUAAUCGUAUCAAACCCUUUCAAUGUAAGAUUUGUCAGAAAUCAUUUGGAUAUCAGGUUCAAUUCCAAAGGCACGCUUUGAAAGUACAUAAUCUAAGCUAACUCUAGGAGCAUAUGAUUUGUCUGAAGAAAUUUGGACGAAAUAAGAUUU